UUACACUACUUAACACUGCAUUUUGUAUAUGACUCACACACACACACACACAGAGUACUACUUGGCUUCAAGGGUUUCGACCUGUAAAUUCUCUUUCUCCGAUCUGCAAAUCCAAUUCAAUUCCUACAAUCCAUUUCUACUCAUACAAUCUCAUCUCAGAUUCAGAAAAUCCAUAACGAUCUAGAAGAAAUUCUCAAUUCAGAAAAUCAUCUUUCACAUUCUUCAAAAAUCAAAAUCGAUACUUUAUAUUCAGCCAAAGCUGUGGUGAUGUGAGAACUGCUAUUUUAAGAGCUCAUUUUGGUUCAUUUUUAGGGUUUGUUUGAAUGAUAAAGAAAGUUCUAGAAGAUCUAAGGAUUUGGAUUUGGAUUGAUUUCAUUGCUUAGUUAGAAAGUCACAAUGGAUGUUGAUUUAGUUGUUGAUAUAGCGAGCCUUGAUGCCGAAUUAUUGCAGCUUCCUGAAUUUUCACCUUUGGCUAUCAAAGAUAAUCCUUAUGCUCAGAGGCUCUUUGAUCAAUGGCUUUCGCUCCCCAUCACGACUUCUAAGGUGAAAUCUUUGCUUGAUAAUGCUAAGGGUGGUAGUCCCUUGAAUGUGACUGGAACUUCUUCUAGCACAAAUGUUGCUGCAAGCAGUUCUUUGCCGUCUAUGUUUCCCGCUGGAAGUACCCCUCCACUUUCCCCGAGAAGCUCAUCUGGUUCACCGCGAACAACAAGACAUAGGGCAGGCCCCUCUAUA